AUGGCUACGUCCGUGAGGACAAACGAGACGAAUCCGUCGCUUCAGCUCAAGGAACAAACACCACAUCAACUUGUAUCACAUGAUAUUGGCUCUUCAGCACCGAUUGCAGUACAAAAUACGAACAAACGACGUUGUGUUACGUCUGUAGACGCGCUCCAGAAGACAGAGACGGGAGCUCGAGAAGAAGGUGUUAUUCGUACAUACACGCUAGACCCGUGUGAAGAAAAGAGACAAAUGCCAACUGAAGAAGUUGGACGGGAGGUUGAAGAGGAAGGGGGACGGGAGGAGGGGUCUGUCUAUGGCGAAAUGGUAACCAAUAUUGCCGUUAUUGCUGCUAAAAAUGAACAAUUACAAGCAAGUGUUGCUUCAUUGAAACGUAAAUUCUCGCUUCGAGAAGAUCAUACACAUCAGUUGCUGUUAGGACUAGGAGCAUUGAAGGCAGUGACCAAUGAGCUUGCAUUACUGCAUAAAGACUAUCAGGAACGAUCGGUAAAGAAUGCAGCACUCGUGCAGGAACUGUUGGUGCAGAUUGCCAAUUGCUCGGCACAAGUAGAUAUGCUCAAGAAAAGUCGCGGAUUGAAGGUGCAACAAUUGCACAAGUUUAAACAAGAAUGUGCUCAGGAACUGAAUAGAUUGAUUGCUCGGCUUGGAGAUCUUGCAGAGAGUGCAUGUCAAGAACCAAACCUUGAGGAGGAGAAGAACGACGAUGGUUUGAGCACAGCAGCGAGCAUGAGAGAGAACUUACAACAGGUUGAAUCGCUAAAAGAGGAGGUGUGCGAGCACAUGGCAGCCGUCAUUGAUGAUCGGUCGGUGAAGAGUUCAGGAGGACGUUCGCAGCAGGAGACAACGGAUCGAAUAAAUCUGACAUUACUCCAGCUGGACAACCUCCAUGCUGAUAUGUUUCAGUUGAAGCAGACUCUCGUGCAAGAAAAUCAAUCCUUUCGACGGCAUCUUGAGGAUCAUUUGUCGCGGCAAAUUGCACACACUCGUGAACUGCAGGAUAACGAAAGAGAACGCAUUUACGAGGAAGUGGACGAGAUCCGAUCAGGCAUGUGCGGAAUUCUGAGGGAUAUUCAUCGGCUUAAGGAACGAACGAAAUACCUGGUGCCAAGUAUGGCACAAUCAUCCUCGCGUCCGUUGGAGGUAAUGGGAAAAAGCAGUGAGGAUCGUUGGAUGAGCAUACACACACCGACUUCCGCCACGCCAAUGCCUUACAAGCGUAGUUAUGAUUGGGAGAUGCCGAGUCAAAUGGAAGGUCAUCAGGCACAUCCCUAUCAUCCUCACAACACCAAAUCAGGCAACUCUAGCCCAGCACGCUCGGGCGACAAAAAUUGGCGAAUGUUCACACCAAAAGAUGUCCCUGUCACUGAUCAACCUGUCCCACAGCUUUGCGAAAGCCCCCACUAUUCAUCUCGCUCAUCUAGCCUAUCGGGCCGCCUCAGUAAUUACGGAGAAGAGAAUGGAAAGCCCACUGCAGAGCAAUUCGACCGGCAGCUUUUGGAACAACAUCGACUCUUCUGGAUUGGAGAAGGUGCUGGGUAG